UUUUAUUACAUUAUUAUCAUUAGGGUAAACAUUUAUCUUUAAAGAAUUGAAAGAUUUGAUCUUGAAUAUUAUUAUUAUUAUGAUAAAGGCUACAGUUUCUUCAAUUUCCCACCAGUUUUCAAAUCUUCCAACUGUUAGCCAAUGGAAUUAUACUCUAAGAGAAGCUGUAAACCAGUUUAAAUAUCAAAAAGCCAUUGUUUUGUAUUCACAAAUGCUGCAAAAGGGUAUGCAACCCAACCGUUUAACGUUCCCGAUCAUCGCGAAAGCGUGUGGGAAAGUUGGUAGCAUCCGUUACUCCGAAAUCGUUCAUGGGUGUAUUGUGAAAUCGGAGUUUAGUGCAGAUGUGUAUGUGCAAACAGCAAUGAUGGAUGCUUAUGUAAAAUGUGGGUGUGUAACUGUUGCCCGCCAAGUGUUUGAUAAAAUGCCUGAACGAGACAUUGCGUCUUGGAACGCGUUGCUUUUGGGGUUGGCUCAGUUGGGUGUUGGUGAUCAAGUCUUGUUAUUGUUUAAACAAAUGAGAGUUGAAGGAAUUCGCCCUGAUUCGGUUACGGUUAUUGGGGUAUCGCAGUCGGUUAAGGGUAGGGAAGGUGUUCGGGUUUUGAAGGCUGUUCAUUGUUUCGGGAUUCGGAUUGGGGUGGAUAUAAACGUUUCGGUUUCCAACACGUGGGUUUCGUCAUACUCCAAAGUUAGAGAUCUUGAUUCAGCGGAAAAGGUGUUUCACGGGAUUAAUCCGGUCUUCGUAACAGUCGUUUCGUGGAAUUCUAUGAUAGCGGGAUACGCGUACUUUCAUAAGUAUUUAAAAGCCGUUAGUUUCUACAAAUCGAUGCUUUAUGAUGGGUUUAAACCCGACUCGAGUACCAUCCUUAACUUGCUUUCGUCAAUCAACCAACACGAAGCGCUUUUCCACGGUGGUUUGAUCCACUGUCAUGGAAUCAAAACGGGUUGUGAUUCGGACGUAACUAUACUUAACACCCUAAUCUCUAUGUACUCGAAGUGCGACAAUGUUAACACUGCAAGACGAAUAUUCGACAACAUGAUGAACAAAACUUGUGUUUCGUGGACUGCUAUGAUCGGUGGUUACGCUGAAAAAGGCGAUCUAGACGAAGCGUUGACUUUGUUUGACUCUAUGGAAGCCACUGGCGUGAAACCGGAUUUAGUUACCAUACUGAAUUUAAUCAGUGGUUGCGGAGAAACCGGAGCACUUGAAAUCGGAAAAUGGGUUGAAAACUAUGCGGUUUUAAACGGAUUUUCGAAUAAUCUAAUGGUUUCGAAUGCGUUGAUAGACAUGUAUGCGAAAUGCGGAAGCCUAAAAGAAGCUUGCGAGAUCUUUUAUAACAUGCGUGAACGAACCGUUGUUUCAUGGACUUCGAUGAUUUCCGGGUGCGCGUUAAACGGAGAAUUCAAACAAUCGUUGACGCAUUUUCGUCGCAUGUUGGAAUUACGGAUAAAGCCAAACCACAUAACGUUUCUCGCCGUUCUUCAAGCGUGUAAUCACGGCGGUCUUAUCGAAAAGGGACGGGAGAUUUUCGAUCUUAUGACGAAAGUGUACGGAAUCAAUCCAGAACUCGACCAUUAUUCUUCGAUGACCGAUCUUCUCGCGCGAGGCGGGAAGAUAAACGAAGCAUUCGAUCUUAUCAAAACUAUGCCCGUGGAACCGGAUGUUGGCGUAUGGGCCUCGUUGUUAAGUGCGUGCAAAGUUCACAAGAAUGUCGAAAUCGGUGAACUUGCGGCUCAUCAGCUUUUUGAAAUGGACCCGCAAGCUGCGGCUCCGUAUGUAGAAAUGGCGAAUAUUUACGCGUCGGUUGGACGUUGGGAUGGCGUUAUGGAUGUUAGACGGUUGAUGAAAACGAGUCGGGUUAAAAAGUUUCCGGGCGGAAGUGUUGUUCAAGUUAACGGGAAGAGUUUUAAGUUUACGGUUGAAGAUCGGUGUCAUCCUAAAGGGGAGGUUAUAUAUGAAGUUUUAGAUGGUUUAGCUUUACAGUUGAAAGAUUUAUCAAAUUUAGAUGAGCAAUGUGUUCCUAGUUACCAUAAUGCAUUAUAUCCAACACAUCGUGGGUGAUGUUUA